AUGAUCACUAUCUCCUUGGACAAAAGCACUUCUGAACUGGAGUCGCAGAGUGGAGCUACGCGAUUCGACAAAUCUGAUCUGGCACGACUUGACAGAUUCCAAACUAGGACAGUUCUCAGCAUUGGUACAAAGAGAGCUGCCCGGGUUUUCCAGAGGGAAAUCAUCCCACUCGCCUGUGCGAACCCCUUGCUCAUGCAUUUGGCCCAGGCAGUGACCGAGUCCCACGAUCGUUACUUGUGUGGAGUGGCCACAUCAAGACCCAGCACAACCGAAGCCUACCACUUGAACAAAGCCUUGAUUUCCUUCCAGAGCAUUCUCUCCCGCCCCAUCAGACGUGACGAAGGGGAUGCGUUGCUACUCGCCUCAUCCCUCCUUGGGGUUGUGAGCUUUUUCAACCUCGAGGCGUCGUCCGUCGAAGAUGUCUGGCCGUUGCAGGAUACUGACAUGGCUUGGCUCAACUUGAGCGACGGAAAACAAACCAUCUGGCGAUUGGCCAGCCCUUUGAAGGUCGACAGCCUUUGGCGACAGGUUGGCAUUGCAUUCGAUCACGACAAGCUGCCUGAAAAUCAAAUACCCGACCACAGCCCUUCGAUAUUUGAUCAUCUCUGUGCCGAAGAUGCUGAGUCGUCAUCAGCUCGGGUCAAUCCAUACUACAGGACUGCAACACGGCUCCUACCCUUAUUGGACCUCGAAUGCGAUGACUCCACCUGGCUGCGGAGUCCAGCCUCUGCUCUGGCGAUAUUUCGAAAGCGACUGUCAGCACUGGCGAAGUCCUUUGUCUUGAUGCUGUUGUACAUGCCCCGACCUCUGCCAGUCAAACAACUGGAACAGUUUGUCAAGGACACCAGCCGGGGUGAACGUGAGCACGCUUUGGAUUUACUUCACCGUUACCACAUAUUUCGUGAUGUCACUCUUAACUCGACAAAAGCGUAUGCGUUGACUCCGGACUUUGCUAAAUCUCUUCGUCGCGCUUUGACGGGAGCAGGAGACACCCGGUCUUUUGGGCAGGUCGCUCGAGUCCCCGAGGGUCGUAAGGUCACGAUAUCGCAACUGGAUGAGUAUUCUCGCCAGCGAUGGGAAGGCAUAUUGGGCUACAUGGUCGGUUCUUCUUCCAUACCUCUUGAGACGGCAAAUGAGCAGCCAGCGAUUGAACCCGCGCCAGGAGUUAUUGAGCUUUUGAAGGCUGGUCAUCUCAUCGAGGUCAGCGGGGCGUACAGCCAUGGCCAAAGAGCCAGGAUCACGAAGGAAGGCUUUGCGUUUGUCCUGCAAGAUAUCAAUACCCAGGUAUGGGCAUUGCUUUUUCUCUACGUGGAUAACGCCGAGGUCUUUGACAUGGACAAAGUCGAUGUCCUGUCGUUUCUUUUUCUUGUCUCGUCCCUAGAAUUAGGGCUGGCAUACUCGACCUCUACUCUGGACGAAACCCAGCGGCGCUGCCUGUCGGACCUGGUUUCUCUUGGACUCGUCUACCAACCUCUAUCAGACGACGGCAUUAACCCUGCCAACCACUUCUACCCAACGCGUCUAGCAACCACCCUAACGUCCGACUCGGCCUCGGCUCUGUCGACAACCAACCUGACCAUCGGUACGUCUCUCUCACAGAAAUACUCCUCCUCAUCAGGCACCACCACACCUUCCGGUACCGUCACACAAAAGGGCUUUAUCAUUGUCGAAACGAACUACCGCGUCUAUGCCUACACCUCGUCUCCCUUACAGAUUGCCCUUCUCUCGCUAUUCGUCAACCUGCGUUCCCGCCACCCCAAUCUCGUGACAGGGAAAAUGAGCAAGGCUUCGGUCCAACGAGCCGUCCAGGCGGGCAUCACAGCUGAUCAGAUCAUUUCGUAUCUUACAACCCAUGCGCACCCCCAAAUGAGGAGGCACGCGCAGGCAGAGCAAGCCGCUUUGCUGGCGAGGGGCACCACUACCGAGUCGCAGGUACAGAGAACGGUGCCGAUCCUGCCUGCAACGAUAUUGGAUCAGAUCCACCUGUGGCAGCUGGAAAGAGACCGCAUGACCACCACCCCAGGGUUUCUCUUUCGGGAUUUCUCCACGCGGGCAGAAUACGAAGCCAAUUGUCGGUACGCGGACGAGACUGGUGUGCUGGUGUGGAAGGACGACGCGAAGCGGCUGUUCUUUGUAACGCGGCUAGAGGGCGUGCGGGCGUUUAUGGCGGAGAGGAGAGCGACUGGGUCGGGUGGUGGAACACAAGGUUGA